CUGAACGUGGUUUGGCCUCAGCUCGCUUUUUUCCCGGCAGGACUCCAUGGUGGUUCUCCUUGAAAACCUGGCGUCACUCUUCGGGAUGCGAACCCAGGACGCCAUUGCCAGACUGCAAGACCUCCUCGCUGAAGGCUCCCUCACAGGUGUGAUUGACGACCAGGGGAAGUUCAUCUCCAUCAGCCCGGAGGAGCUGAGUGCAGUGGCGCGCUUCAUCCAGCAGAGGGGGCGCGUCUCCAUCGCCGAGCCCGCCCAGGCCAGCAACUCCCUCAUCAACCUCACGCCCGUGCUCCGCAACCAGGCCUGACCGCCGCCACAAGAUGGCCGCCGUGGUCACAAUACGGCUGCCGCCGUGGGUCGCUAAUAUGUUGCUAAUGGAGGCGACUGCUUCGUCACUCUUGUGAUUAAGGGCUAGGAGAUAGCGGCCAUUUUUUCUGAGGAAGUGGCCAUCUUGUGUGGUCGCUUCCUGACUCACAAGAUGGCCGCCGCAUCGCUCGCUGACAAGAUGGCCGUCUCCUCGCAAAAUGGCCACCUCCUAGCUUCCUCACACAAUGGCCGCGGUGGCCUCCGCCCCAGGCGAUAGCUAGGCCGAGGGCCGCCGGUCACUGUUGGAACUCAUCCCGUAUCCGAGCUGUCAAUCAUCAGACCACCGGACCAGCCAAGCUGUUUGUACGUUUUAUUUGAUUUGUUGACAACAUUUUCAGAUUGCCAACUGGAGUUCUGCCGUUAAUUGGAUUUGUCAUUUUAAAACAAAUGAUUGAGGUAACAAACGAAACGGCGUCCGAUGUGUGAGGAUGAUGAAAUCAAUAAACACGAUUGCACAUUAAAUAAAGA